AUGAUUGGUGUUGAGGUCUUGAGUAUUGAAUUAACUCUAUCUCCAGCCUUUGUUUUACUCUUGGUGCAAGUCCUAACAAUACUCCAAGCAGGCCCAAUGGGCCCGACAACACAGCCCACUCUCCUUAGUCAUCGUAUAAGGUUAGGGUCAGAGAGUGAUUCUCACUGUUUCCUUGUUCUAUUGAGGUUUACGACCCUAUUGAUUGUAAUCCUUGUGUACUGGAUAAUUUCUAUAACGUGCUAUCAGGGAAACGAAGCUUUAGUUCCUGUUCUUAGGCUUUGCGUGUGCUUCGACAUGAGCACCACACGCAGCGGUCGACAGUACAACACCACAGAAUCCAGGCUUGAGCAGCUUAUGGAAUCUAUGUCUCGGCGGAUGGAUUUACUGGCCGACAAAGUAGACACGGUUUGGGAGCACCUCUUCCCUACUGCACUGAACGCGGUAGAUCCCCUUGUGGAUGGUGCCAACCCUGUUGAUGAGGACAGUGGUCCAGAUCGCGGCAGCCGCGCCUCCAGUCCUGAUAGUUUGGCUGACCCAAUGGAUCUGCCCAAACAGGAUGACCUUCCUGCCCCCGGACACAACCCCCCACCCACAGUACUUCCACCACCCCCACCAGUUCCUCCACAUCUCCGAUACCCACCUCCUAGACUUCCUCCCCAACGACAUCCCCCACCUCUGCCACGUUUCCCUGAAGCCUCGGUACGACAACCAGAACCCCCACCCCCAUACCCAUACCCUCCAUACCCACACAUACCCCCACAAUAUCCACUGGGCCCACACUCUACACCACACAACUCCUAUGGUGAAGCUUAUUAUGCACCUUCCCACCCUGACCGGGUUGGGCAUCCUAGACAGUAUGAUCACUACACCGAUGUCUCUCGUCGUGUUAAAUUGGAAGUCUCUGAUUUCUCAGGCAAUAUGGAGCCCAACGAGUUUAAAGAUUGGUUGACUGCCUUGGAAGAAUAUCUUCAGUGGUAUAGUGUUCCAGAUUGGUCCAAGGUCCAAUUGGUUAAAGCUAAGUUAAAAGGGGCAGCCAAGGUGUGGUGGUUGAACGUUGAGGAGCAACAAUACCGACUUCAACAGCCGGAAAUUACUGAUUGGGAGAUUAUGAAGGCACGCUUGAGUAAGAAAUAUCUGCCAAAAAAUUACAGAGCACUUAAGUUCCGUGAACUCUUGAAUCUACGCCAGGAUCGUUCUUCGGUAGACGAAUAUGCACACCGUUUCCAUGAUCUUAGUGUGCGCAGUGGCGUGACAGAAGAUGAAGAGCAAACUGUUACUCGUUUCAUCAACGGGCUUAAUGAGGAAAUUAAGAAGCACAUGUUAUCUAUGCAGUUAUCCCUAACCAGCUUGGAAGAGGCCCACCAACUCACUAAAGAAAUUGAGACUCAGAUGAAACUCUCUACAUCGCGACCGAGACCCACUUCAUUUGAAUCCAAGCCUACUGAUGUGCGGGGUUUGCGUAACAAGCCUGAAUCUUCCAACAUGGUCCCUGGGCGUCACAACCAUUCAGGCAAGGCCGUAGAUAAGCCUUCCGAAGGUACCGGACUGAGGUGUUAUAAGUGCAAUGGGAGAGGGCAUUAUGCAGUUUUGUGUCCUACCAAAAACCAGAAGGUUGCCUUGGUCUGCGGUAAUGAUUUACCCGAUCUAACCCCUGACAUGACAGAGGAGACCCUCCUCCAGGAUCCAGCUUAUGAAGAGGAGGAGUUAGAAGCAUCUACAUUGCCCAAUUGUGUCAUUAGGAGGAUUCUCACGGGCCAAGCACGAACCGCCAAUUCAGAUGAGCACUGGCUACGCACAAGUAUUUUUCAUACUCGGGUUGAAUUUGGUACAGGAGUUCUAGAUGUCAUUAUUGAUAGUGGGAAUGGAAUGAAUGUGGUGGCUGAAGAUCUUGUGAACCGGAUGAGACUUAAAAUGACUAAGCAUCCGAUGCCCUAUCGUGUUAGUUGGGUGAAUGAUACGUCGAUACCCGUCAAGCUCCAAUGUUUACUCUCUUUUUCUCUGGGUCGGUAUAAAGAUUCAGUGUGCUGUGAUGUUCUCCUGAUGACAGCUUGUCAACUUCUCCUUGGCCGCCCUUGGCUCUAUGAUCACGAUGUAUCAUACCAAGGGAGAGCUAACACGUAUUCCUUCAUUGAUAAGGGACGCCGCAUCACUCUCAAACCUAUGAGACCAGAUAGCCUUAAAAUUCCCAGCAAUCCUAUCUCAUGUCCUCCUAAAGAGCCUUGUCCUACUAAACCACAAGUCCUUACUAUGACCCAAUUUGAUGAAGCAUGUCAAGAAACUCAGUUGUGCCUCUUUGUGUUGGUCCAACCAGCCCAAUCCAAAAACACCAUUGACUUACCCCUGGACCCAGAACUAUCCCAGCUUCUAAAAGAGCACGCUCACAUUAUGCCCGAGGACCUACCUGAUCACCUACCUCCCAUGCGUUCUAUCCAACAUGCCAUUGACCUUAUCCCUGGAUCCAGCUUACCCAACCUUCCCUCAUACAGGAUGAAUCCUAAGGAACAUGAUGAAUUACGACGGCAAGUGGAAGGUCUCCUGUCCAAAGGUUUUAUUAGGGAAAGUACCAGCCCUUGUGCCGUGCCCGCGCUCCUCACUCCCAAGAAAGAUGGCACGUGGCGCAUGUGUGUGGAUAGUCGGGCAAUCAACAAGCUCACUAUCAAAUAUCGGUUUCCUAUUCCUCGUAUUGAUGAUCUCACGGACCAGCUAUGUGGCGCACAAGUGUUUUCCAAGAUUGACCUUAAAAGUCGCUAUCAUCAAGUCCGAAUUCGACCCGGGGAUGAGUGGAAAACCGCGUUUAAAACCCGAGAUGGCCUAUAUGAGUGGCUUGUUAUGCCGUUUGGGCUUUCCAACGCCCCAAGCACCUUUAUGCGGUUGAUGACUCACGCUUUCCGUCCGCAUAUUGGGAAGUUCGUUGUUAUUUAUUUCGAUGAUAUUCUUGUAUUUAGCAAGUCCCCUUCUGAUCAUAUUUCCCACCUGCGGGUAGUUUUUCAAGUUUUGCAGGCUGAACAACUUUUUGUCAAUCGACAAAAGUGUCUAUUCCUUCAGUCACAAGUCACUUUCUUGGGGUUUGUUAUUUCAGAUCGGGGUAUUGAAGCAGAUCCAGAUAAAAUCCGGGCAAUUGUGGAGUGGCCUACCCCUACCAGUACACAUGACGUCCGCAGUUUUCAUGGGUUGGCCACCUUUUAUAGGAGGUUUAUUCGUGGAUUCAGUGCGAUAGUGGCACCUCUCACUGAGUGCCUCAAGUUGUCUACAUUUCAGUGGUCUGAUGCUACCAAUACAGCCUUUCUGGACAUCAAGACUCUCAUGACUCACACACCGAUCCUUCGGAUGCCCAACUUUGAGCUGGUUUUUGAAAUCUGUUGUGAUGCCUCUCACAUUGGUAUUGGUGGAGUUCUUAGCCAGGAAGGGCACCCAAUUGCCUUCUUCAGUGAGAAGCUGAAUGAGUGCCGCAAGCGCUAUUCGACUUAUGAUAUUGAACUUUAUGCUUUAGUCCAGACAGUCAAACAUUGGAAGCAUUACUUGGUGUAUCGAGAAUUCAUCCUCUUCACCGACCUUGAUUCGCUGAGACAUAUACAGUCACAACAGAAAUUGAAUGCACGCCAUGCUCGGUGGUUCAACUUUUUGCAACAAUUCAAUUUUGUGAUUAAACAUAAAGCAGGAAAAGACAAUCGCGUCGCCGAUGCUCUCAGCCGACGUAAUCACCUCCUGGUCGCUUUUGAGGCCACAAUCACUGGUUUUGAGCAGUUUCCUCACCAGUACGCUACGGAUGUUGAUUUUGCAGAAGUCUGGACGUCUAUAACAAGCGGUGAUCAAUCCACGGUUGGUAACUAUAUCAUUCAGAAUGGCUUCUUGUUUCGUGAUUUACGUUUGUGUGUUCCCUCGGGAUCCAUUCGUGAAUUUUUGAUUCUUGAACUUCAUGAGGGGGGAUUAGCCGGUCAUUUUGGCAUCGACAAAACCCUGUCCUUGGUCGAAGAUAGGUUCUUUUGGCCUCACCUACGACGGGACGUCACUAAAGUGGUGAAACAGUGUCGAGUUUGUCAAAUUAACAAAGGUGGCAAGCAUAAUACUGGUCUUUACAAUCCUCUCCCCGUCCCCGACCACCCAUGGGAACACUUAAGUCUUGAUUUUAUAUUGGGGUUACCCAAGACAGCGGCUGGUCAUGAUUCUGUUAUGGUGGUUGUUGACCGAUUUUCCAAGAUGGCCCACUUCGUCGCGUGUAGUCGCACACAUGAUGCCUCUCGUAUUGCCUCCCUAUUCUUACGUGAUGUUGUGCGUCUCCACGGUCUUCCUCUCAGUUUAGUGUCGGAUAGAGAUAGCAAAUUUGUGAGCUAUUUUUGGAAGACAUUAUGGAUCAAGUUGGGUACGAAACUCAAGUAUUCUAGCGCCUUUCAUCCCCAAAUAGACGGCCAAACCGAGGUGGUGAAUCGCAGUUUGGGUAAUCUUCUACGCUGUUUGGUUAAUGAGCAGGGUAGCUCAUGGGAUGUUGUUCUCCCUAUUGCUGAAUUUGCUUUCAACAGUUCUUGCAAUCGCACUAUUGGUUGUUCUCCUUUUGAGGCUACUUAUGGCAUCCAACCAAAGGCCCCCAUAGAUCUGCAUGAAUUACCUAGUAAACUUCGACCAAGUGAACUAGCUCUGGAACUGGCAGAUCACCUUCGGUCUGUACACGCUGACAUCAAGCGGCGAAUCAUUCUCAGUAAUGAUAGUUAUAAACAGCAAGCUGAUGCCCACCGUCGCCAUGUCGAGUUUCAAGAUGGGGAUUGGGGUACGUAUCAUAAACUUCAUGCCCGUAAAGCCGGUCCUUACCAAAUCAAGCAACGGCUGGGUCCCAAUGCUUAUCUUGUGGAAUUACCUGGCACCUUGAAGAUUAGUCCCAUCUUCAAUGUCGAAGACCUUACUUUGUCCAGUCCUCCAGUUGAUGACAGUUUGCCCACACCCUAUCUUCCUUCUGCCUCCCCAGUUGAGGAUGCACCAGCUAGCAUUCUGGAUCACCAGUUCGUCUCGACGCGACGUGGUGGUUAUGAUAAGUUCCUCGUUGCGUGGCAUGAUAAACCUUUCUCUGAAGCCGUGUGGAUGACAGCCACCCAAAUCCAGUCAACCUAUCCCGGCCUCCUGGAGCGCUAUGUAAACCAGUCAUCACCAGAGUUGAUUCCUUCAAGUGGGGAGGGAAUUGGUGCAAGUCCUAACAAUACUCCAAGCAGGCCCAAUGGGCCCGACAACACAGCCCACUCUCCUUAG